AAGUCUUUGUGACAAUGCCAGGACAUUCCUGCUGUAUGUUUUUUUCUGCAGCAUAGACUUUUUAGACAAUCCCUAAAAUACCUAUUAGGCGGUAGAGGGAGUUUAGAAGCCAUGCAGCAGUCAUGGUGGAAAGAGGAGGAGAGAAGCACCUUCUAUUAUGCACAGACAGGCAAAAAUAUGUCUCUUGCUGAAAAACAGCAGUCUUUGUCUUCCACAAACACACACUGUGCACACACUUUUCCAGCAAGUGCAUAUGCUCCCACCCCCAACAGCUCUUCUGUGGGGAAGUGUGUGUCCUGUGCCUGAUAUCCAGUGGGAUCCAGCAGUGAGAAACAAAGGAGCAGGAGGAAGAUUAGUCAUGCAUAGAAUCUCACUGCACUCUGACUCUGAAACGAUCAGCAAACUGUGACUGUGAAAAAAAGAAUAUAUCAGAAAAGCAAGGGCUUUCUAUCUGCAUCUGGGAGCCUCAUGUGAAGAUUCCAGUGGAAACUCAGAAGAGGAACAAUCUGACUGAAGACACUUGCACACCUUUCAAGAAUUGCUGAUGUGGAUCUCGUCAAGGGUCAGUUGUGGGUAUCUGGUGCAGUGAUCCAACCUGAGUAAGGAAGAAAGAGGGAAUGGCGGUCUAUCCUGGCUUGGGCUUGCUGGGCCUUCUACUGCUACAGAUCACAGCUCCCAUAUGCCAUGGCCAAGGUUGUCCCCAAGUCUGUGACUGUGUACCCCAGAGAAAGUCCGUGAAUUGUCAGAACAAGCACCUGAAUUCUUUUCCAAAUGGAAUUCCAACUGACACAAGGUUGCUAGAUCUGAGUAGAAAUAAGUUGCGUUGGGUGGAGCGUGGCGACUUGGAAGCUUACACACAUUUGGAAGACUUAGAUCUUAGUGAGAAUCUCAUCAGUGUGCUUGAGCCCAAUGCUUUUUCCAGCUUACUGAAUCUACGUGUGUUACACCUGCGUGCCAACCAGCUGAAGCUGGUGCCAAUGGGUGCCUUCUCACAUCUUGCCAAUCUCACAGUUUUGGACUUGAGUGGAAAUAAACUGGUUAUAUUGGUGGAUUUUACUUUCCAGGAUCUGCGGAGGCUCCAAAAAUUGGAGGUGGGUGACAAUGAUUUGGUGUAUAUAUCAAACAAGGCAUUUCUGGGCUUGAGUGGUCUACGGGAACUUACUAUUGAGAGGUGCAACCUGACCUCUAUCUCAGGACAGGCUCUUUCCUAUCUCCGUGGCUUGGUAUCACUACGACUACGCUACCUCAAUAUUGUCUCAUUAGAGGAACAGAACUUUCAUAAGCUGGGUGGACUGCGGGGUCUAGAGAUUGACCACUGGCCAUUUUUAGAGUACAUUUCCCCAUACAGUUUCCAGGGCCUCAAUUUAUCCUGGCUUUUCAUUACCAACACCAACAUUACUACAGUUCCAACUGGUGCCCUACGUAAUCUUAUCCAUUUAGGCAGUUUGAAUCUCUCGCACAACCCCAUUUCUGUUCUUGAAUCUUGGGCUUUGCGUGAUCUGGUCAAUUUGAAGGACUUACACCUUGUGGGCACCAACUUGAUGUGCGUGCAGCCUUAUGGCCUUGGAGGUCUGCAGCAGAUACGUUUACUCAACCUGUCCAACAAUAGGCUAGUAACACUAGAAGAAGGCUCUUUUCACUCUGUAAACACCCUGGAAUUGCUUCGGGUUGAUGGCAAUCCUCUGUCCUGUGACUGCCGUCUGCUAUGGAUCUUGCAGCGCCGCAAGACUCUUAACUUUGAUGGUAAGUUCCCAGUUUGUGCAGGACCCAUUGAGGUGCAAGGUAAAGCUCUCAGCGCCUUCUCUGACUCAGGACUCCUUGAUCACUUCACAUGCCAACGACCAAAAAUCCGCAACCGAAAACUACAACAGCUAUCUGCACGAGAGGGUCAGGUUGUAUCAUUUUUUUGUCAAGCAGAUGGAGAACCAACUCCAACCAUCUUCUGGAUUUCACCCCAGCGCCGCCGCAUCACUACUAGAAGCACUGGUCGUCUUAUAGUGUUGCCAGAGGGCACAUUAGAAAUCCAUUAUGUCCAAGUAACAGACAGUGGAACCUACAUAUGCAUUGCCAGCAAUGCAGGAGGCAAUGACACCUACUUUGCCACAUUAACUGUGAGUGGGAUACCCUUGGAUGCAGGUCCUUCAGCAAAUCGGUCCUAUGUUGGUGACCUCAAUGACACUAAUCUGAAUGAUACGCGUGUCUCCCUAAAGUUCACAUUAGACCUCAAGACAAUUUUGGUCUCCACAGCAAUGGGUUGUAUAACUUUUUUGGGUGUAGUCAUCUUCUGCUUCUUGCUUUUGUUUGUGUGGAGUCGUGGACGUGGACAACACAAAAACAACUUUUCAGUGGAGUACUCCUUCAGAAAGGUGGAUGGCCCUACAACCAGUGGGGGCCAAGGAGGGGCUCGAAAAUUCAAUAUGAAAAUGAUAUAGAGGUAUAAAUCAAAGGUCUCUGUCUCAUAUAUAUAUAUACCACUGGGUAACUAGGUACUGCACAGAAGAUGUAUUUGAUGUAUGUGUUCUCUCUAUAUUUUUUCUUAAUUGUAUGUUUUAUAUACAGUUUGCCUGCCAUUAGCACAAAAUUAAUAAGAUAAAAAGAAAUUUAACUUAUACCAGCAAUACAUUUAUGCCCUGACUUACUAAGACCUCAAAUAAAGAGUUUAUAUGUGUACAUUUUGAUAAUUUGUUCUUUUUGUUGUGCAGUCAUUGGGGUUGUUGCAGGUGAUCUACUAGGAAUAUUUAUGAUAAUAUCACAUGUAAAGUAGGUUGCGGAGGCAAUCUGCAAAUAAAGUUGCAUGUGCUAAUUGUAGGAUAGCUAGGUUGAAUUUGAAACUCAACAUCUUCUGGAAGAGUAAACAUAUAGUUGCCACACAUACUGUAUGCGUGAUUGAGUGAUCCUCAAAAAACAGUAGGAAUAUAAAAUACAAAAACGUGUGUAGAAAUAACUGUUUUGUGUUGUUUUGUGAAUGAGGUUGGUCACAGACAAACCUAAAUCAAGGCCUUUUACUGUUUUACUGUUUGUUCACCGAGUAAAAUCUACAGUUCUGUGCAAAAGUCUUAGCACCCUAUGUAUCGAGGUAUCUGAUGCAGUGCAGUUUUAUAUUUUUAUAGAUGUUUAUUUUAUGACUACUGCAUUACUGAAUCAGUGCAAAAACAUUUUACAUUUCCAACAAUACUUUUCCAACAUAAAAUUAAAUGUUACAGAAACAUGUUUGUAUGUCACUAAAGAAAGCAGCACAUUACAUGAUAGACCACAUUUCAGACAAAAAAAGCAAGUGUGACAGUGAAAGUCUCCAAGAAGAACUGCAGCAGAUUAUUCAAGAUGCUCAGAAAAACUUACCAGCCAAUUUCCUUUUAAAACUUCACAAGUUGUACCUGAGACUACUGAUGUUUUUCCUUCUUCUUCUUCUUUUUUUUUUUAAAGAGCAAAACUAUGUACUAUAUGUAUUAUAUACAGUGCCUUAAACGUUAUCAGAUUUGUAUGGAUUACAAAUGACAUACACAGAUUGUUCCAGCCAGUAUUCUUUUGCAAACUAAUAUGGUAAAAGUAAACUCAAAGUAAAUUGAGUAAAUUUCCAAAGCCAAAAUUCAUUAUUUGUCAGCAGAUCUUUAAAAAAAAAAUUGGGAGAGCGUUCAGCAAUGACCAUUUCUUCAGUAUAAUUGCAGAACCAUCUCUUUAAAAUGAACAUUGCACAGUCUCCAUUUGACAUUUAGAAAAUUAACAAAAACUGGAGACCACAUUGCUUGGGUCAAUUUAUUUAGUCUUUUCACACACCCAUCUUCUCACGGACAAUACUGAAGAGUCUGGGCCAGAUCUGUACAAGGGUCACCUUUGUGGGAGGAGGCAUUAGGGUCAAGACCUUGUCCACUGUAUAACCAUAUCAUGCCCUCCAUCUAUGGCCAGAAGUGCCAGUUUCUGCCCACUUUGUGCAUGACUUUAACCUCUACAGCUCCUGGUUCCAACUGCUCAAGAAGACUUGAGUAGUUGGAAUGUCAAUAGCCCUGGUCACCUGAAAAUCAGCAAUUCUCUUGAUAGUUGCUCCAACUCCAUCUGCUGGACCCUUCCCAUUGCCUGCCUCAAGAAAAUUCCAGUUGACUGCACUAGAUUCGGAAAUCUGAAGGGUUGACAAUACAAAAAAUUCUUUUCCCUAUAUUGCAUUGUUGGUCCAUGAAUAAAAUGUUUGGACACCUGGGUACUUCUCUCUGAGAAAAGGCUUAAUCUCUGACCAAAUAGCAGCAGGGUCAUGUUUCAGUGAGAGGGUACAGAAU